GAGAUUUUUAUGUCUUAGAAUCUUAAUCUUAAGAAAAACAAACAUGGCCGUAUGACAACAUUGGUUAAGCAAGAGGUUAGAGCUACAAAUUAAGAAAGAAAAAGGGCUGGAGUGAAUUUUCAUAGACUGAAGGGGUUAUGUGUAGUUCCACAAAAAGUCAAUAGAUCGCAGUAUUGGUACUCAAAUUUGCCAGACGAUUGCCGGAACUGAAAAAAAGCUCCCCUUUCCGGGAAUGGCAGGAAUGGCGAUGUUUGCCUCAAAUCUCUCCAGCGAGCCGAGAGACUACCUCCCUCGCUGGUCGUCGAUAUCCGCGAAUGGGUCAGCGCAAUUCUCCCCGACACGAUGAGGAUUCAUGAGUGGGCGCCUUUCCAUGAGAAGUUUGGGUGCAAGCCUCUUACUGGUCGGAGAGGAGUAAGAAGGAGGAGGGCUCCUCCGCUCGCAUUCUGUCAACCGGUGCCCUCUGCUCGGCCUGCACCAAAAGCUACUGCCUGGCCUGUGCCCGCAGUCGAAACCGUGCGCUUGGAGGUUACUCCUCAACCGGAGACUCCGGUUCUCGCAGUUCGUUCAACGAGCGAAUCUUCCCGCGUCGGUAGUGGAGAGGCCCCGUCGAAGAGGCGAAGGGUAGUGUUGGAAGGGGCUUCUUUAGCCGAAACACCCUCGAGGGGCGACCUUGUUUCGACGGCGCCCGAGAUCGGUGGUGGUGCCAACCUGGAUAUGGAGGCGACUCCCGUUGCAAGCGUUCAAGAGGCUACUGUGACGGAGGGACGAAGUUCUAAGGCUGAUAUUGUUGUUCCGAGCAGGCCUUCGUCAUCUCGGCCGAACAACACCCCUUCUUCGGCCAAUGAGAGGGGGGAAAGGUGUCAUGGUUGAGGAUUAUGAAUCCGAAUCCGACAUUGACCCUGAGAACAUGAGGAUAUUCGAGGAGGGUUUUACCCGAACUGUGGUAAGAGCGGAAGGCCCUUCCCGAAUACUCGAAAUUCCAUCGGAUCUCAACCUGUUGCAAGACACGGUUGAUUUGGUGCCACAGUUCGAUCUUCUAUGCUCCGCCGCUGAGAGCGAAUCCCUUCAGGAGGUCAACGAUUCUGGGUUGUCACGCGGUGUGGCCGCGAUGGCCUUAAGUCCCCUUUUGGUUUCUUCGUUUUGUGACCUUUGUUUUUACACUGACUCUUUCUUCCCUCUCUUUUUUUUAGACUUACAUGCUGGAGAUCGAGAGUGCUCGCAGGGCUGAGACGCGAGCCAAGAUUUUUCUGAAAAUGGCCGAGAAGUAUCGGCGGUAUCGCAACAGAUGCCGUGAGAUGCACUAGCAGCUCAGAGCGGGCGCUAGUACCUAGUCUACCAGGGAGGAGUUGAAGAAAAGAGAUGAGGAACUGAUGCGGUCUAUCCGCAGAUGCAGUGAGCUUGAGGAGUUGCUCCAUGCCAAGGACGAAGAGCUCGAGGUGGGCAAAGGGAUUGCCGCGAAGUGCGAGGACUUUCAGGCGAAUGUACUAUCUUUACGAGCUGAGCUUGAGCAAAAUGCUACUAAGGUCGACACUCUGAGUGUAGAAUGGGCGGAGAAGGUGGCCGAACUAGAAAAGAAAGUGGCCGAGAUGGAGAGAGCCGAGGAUGCUCGAGUGUUGGCUUUGGCGAGGGCGGCGACGCUAGAGGACACCAUUCGUGUCCUCAAGUCUGAGCAGGAAACUGAGAGGGCGACGAUCACACUGAGGGAGGCAUGACUCGAGUAACGUAUUGGUGAAAUUGACCGCGAAGCUUCGAGCCUAGGAGACCGGGUCGCAACUCUAGAGGCCGAGAAGGCGCAACUAUUGGCUCAGAUCGAUUCUGCCUCUGUCGCUGUCCCCCGCUGCUUGUAUGAGUUAUGGGUCCAUGUCGAGGCCCAACGUGAUAUAUACAAGGGUUUGUGGGAGGCAGGGAGUAUCCUUGAGGCCGCCUUUGAAGAUGCUCGGGCGAAGGCAUGCGAGGCUCGUAUUUUUGCGGUUACGACCCUGCGACAUCGGAGGCUGGUGAGGGCGUUGAGGUUGAGGAUGGACUUUCUGAUGAUGAUGAUGAUGAUGUGGAGAACGGCGGUGGAGAUGACUCCGAGUGAAACUUUGUCGCAACAUUUGUACUUUUUUUUUGUUCUUUUGUUGUUUAGUUUCAACUUUUUCUUGAGGGCCUGCUUUGGCCUUUUGUAAGGUGCGACUGUUGCGCAUGUACAUUUGAAUAAAAUAGUUGCUUCGUCUUUGUUUGUGUAUCUUUUGACUUUCUUUCUUGGGGAGAAGAUCUUCGGAUUUCUCCGUGACAAGUCCCUGAACUUUUAAUUGGGAAUCCGACUUCGCUCGGAUCAAAUUUGAGUCAGAUUUCGUGGUGUGAGUUCGAAUGGAGUCGCCCCGGAUCUGCAAGUUCGGACGAGGUCGACUUCUGAUUUGCCAACUUGGGCUGAAUCAACCUUGAUUUGUCUAUUCGAAUGAGGUUGAAUUGACUUGCCAACUUGGGCGAAGUCAAUCUUGACUUAAGUAUUCGAACGGGGUCGAACUUAGACUUGCCAAUUUGGGCGAAGUCAGUCUUGACUUAUAUAUUCGAGCAAGGUCGAACUUAGAGUUGCCAAUUUGGGCGAAGUCAGUCUUGACUUAUAUAUUCGAGCAAGGUCGAACUUAGAGUUGCCAAUUUGGGCGAAGUCAGUUUUGACUUAUAUAUUCGAACGAGGUCGAACUUAGAGUUGCCAAUUUGGGUGAAGUCAAUUUUGACUUAUAUAUUCGAGCGAGGUCGAACUUUCCUUUCAUUUGGCGAUAGCCGAUGGCCGUAAGGGUGUUAAUUCGAGCGAGGUCGGUAUUGUAACCCGUUUGUAAAUUCGAGCGAGGUCGAAUUUUCCUUUCGUUUGGCGAUGGUCGAUGGCCGUAAGGGUGUUAAUUCGAGCGAGGUCGGAAUUGUAACCCGUUUGUAAAUUCGAGCGAGGUCGAAUUCUCCUUUCGUUUGGCGAUGGCCGUAAAGGUGUUAUCGAGCGAGGUCGGAAUUGUAACCCGUUUGUAAAUUCGAGCGAGGUCGAAUUCUCCUUUCGUUUGGCGAUGGCCGUAAAGGUGUUAUCGAGCGAGGUCGGAAUUGUAACCCGUUUGUAAAUUCGAGCGAGGUCGAAUUCUCCUUUCGUUUGGCGAUGGUCGAUGGCCGUAAGGGUGUUAAUUCGAGCGAGGUCGGAAUUGUAACCCGUUGCAUUACUUUUAUUGAAUGUUACUCGUCGCCGUAUUGUUUAUGCGUGCGUCGGGGUGAGUCCCGGUUUGCUUAAUUUUGCUUUCAUUAGAGAGUACUGUGCGUUUCCUGGGUGAGUCCCAGUCUGCUCAGUUUGCUUUCAUUGGGGAAUACUAUGCGUUUCAUGGGUGAGUCCCAGUCUGCUUAGCUUUGCUUUCAUUGGGGAAUACUGUGCGUUUCAUGGGCCCAUUGCUCAGUCUCUUGUUCUGGAGAUUGUUUCUUAGUAGUCGACCUGUGCUGAGCCGUUUCUAUUAUUUGUAGUGCGGUACGGCUUAGAGGGCUUUGCUCGGUCAUUGCUUGCGAGAUGGUAUGGUACGGAACCUUCUCCUGGUGUGUUUUGGUGGCGUUCGUUCCUUGUUCGCGUACCUUUAAGAACGCUCGUGUUCUUGUUCUGAACCAAAAAGGGAGCAUGAUAAGCUAAACCCAAACGAAAUUGCUUGUUACCUUGGCCUGGUAAACGGUGAGAGGGGGUGCGGCGCUGUAGGGUCACUCGCUUCGCCUCGUGCUCGAAUGACGGUUUCAGAUUUGGCAGCCGUGUUCGGCUUCGUCGUUAGUCGCGUCUAGGCCUCUCAUGGGUUGGACUUACCUUGCCCGUUGGGGUAUCGAGAUCGAGUCCCAAUCCGAUAUGUGCAAACAAUAAGGGAAACAUGUCAUACUUUGCUCAUAAAUCACACGGUGCGUGUGGGUAUGAAAAUGAGGCAGGGUAUGCCCGUUAUUUCAAAGAAUCACACAGUAGGAUAUUGUCUCUUCCUAAGGGGUGGAAUUACAUGCCGGUAUAUAAGGUGAAUAUGUCAAAUGGGAUUGCGGUCAUGUUAAGUGCAUAGUGACCGUGCGGUCAUGCUAAGUGCAUAGUGACCGUGCGGUCAUGCUAAGUGCAUAGUGACCGUGAUCCUGCUUUAAACAUGCAUAUGACGUGCCAAACCUAUCGCUAAAGAUGAGGCGUGGGUUUUGCAUAGACAUCGGGCAUAAUUUCUAUUUCGUGUAGGGACCUGACCUAGAUUGGUUUGGUUAUCUCAAAAGCUUAUCUACCACUUUUUCGAGUUGGUGUUUAUACCGAGAUGGUGAUGCUAUGACAGCCUGGGAGUGAUACUUGGCUGGUUUUAGAUCUAAAGGAAACUAAAAUUUUGGCUAAGAAAUCCCCACAGACGGCGCCAAAUUGUUUGACCAAAAAGUGUUAAGCUUUUUGUUAAACUAAUUAAUGAGAAGCUGAAUUAAUUCUAGAUCAAAGCAUGCUAAAGACGAGAACAAAAUAUAAUCAAGCUCAUAACUCUUUUUAAUGUUAUAAAGAUAUCAAAUAUAAAUGACAAGCUUACAUUCUCGAUGCAUUGUUCCGUAAUGUAAGAGCGAAGAAGAAAAGGGGGGGGGGGGUGCUAUUGAUUAUUGAUUCAGCAACGAUGAUUACAAAGAUUUGCCACCAGGAUCUAGACUUUUACUUUGUGGUUGUCAGAGGUUCUCUUUGUUCUUCUGUCUCCCUUCCUUGGAGGAGGAGAGGCUCCCUUUCUUGUCUUCUUACCUCCUAUAUAUACUAUCAAUAUUCCCUUUUCUCCAUCGGUCUUUAACCGGAAUGCCUUCAUCCCUUGACUGUCCUUCACGUCGCCUCCCUCAAAUAUCACGAUAUUUACUUCACCCUACAGGCUUUUGGGAUGGCUCGAUUUCGGCAGUGGCCGAGGUCUUCCUUGUUAUUACACCCCGUGGGUAUGACCACGGCUUAGUCGACCUCUUACCAUCCCUGGUAGCGCUAAUCCACGUGUGGUCGGAUUUUGACCCAUACAUUAAUAAAUGGCGAAUUACAAACAACUCGCCAACUUGCAUGCACAUGUGUACCGGGUAACUCUGUCUACCAAUGCUUGGAGAUGGGAAGAAAUUACCUAGUGUUUUUUGAACAAAUUUUUUAAUAUAUAAGUUAAAUAAUGAUAUAUUCAUUCAAACGGGCCAAGAAGGUGCUAAAAUGAGUGUUACAACUUACAUACAAAAGUUCUGGCCCAAUGUUUCAGAUAGGGAGUUUAAUCUUCAUUCAAAGCAUCUCUGAUUACUCUUUUUUCCCAAAUAAGACAUAUACUAGAAGUGUUUCAGACGAUUCUAUUGCUUUCCUGAAUUUUCCUCUCCUUUUAGCUAAAGAAAAAUUGUCUAAUAUACUUACACACCACCCAUUGUACCGCAGAAAGACUCAGAAAUGUACACAAGAUCUGAAAAACUAAUGGGCAGUGUAAAAUUAGGAUGAUCUACAUUUUUGAAUUCUCAUUUCUAUGUAACAUCUGCUGCAUAUUAUAAAUCCCCCUUUUCUUAAAUGUUUUUUUCAUUUUAAAGUCAGGCAUGUUAAUGAAUUUCUUGUGGAUGUUUCAUCGAUUACCUAUCCAACCUAACAAUUUUCCUUGAAAUACUAGAUUGAGGGUUCGUGGGAUAUCAGUCCUUAUAUUAGGAAAAGAGGUAUCCAGUCCUCCCGGAUUAGAUUGAAUAAGUGAAAUAGUGUGUGGAUUGAAUUUCUAUUUCAUGUCUGGCAUGAAGGAUGAUGCACCAGAGAAAUACAGAUUAAUUUUUUCAUUUCCAUAUGCCUCUAAUUAAAUGAAAGAAUUUCACUAAAAAGUCAGAUGAAGGAUCAAAAACACAACAGAAGAAUCUCUUAUAUUAGAGGAUUAUUUUGACAUUUGGCCUUUCAGAGGGAUCCCCCACCCACGGUAGAUGACAGUGAGGGUUUUCCAGAUUGGCCUGCCAAAGGUGGGAUUAGAGUAGAUAAAUCCCAACCAGUCGAUCUCCAAUCCCUCAUGCUAAACGACCCUAAAGGUGUCAACAUUAGUAUAAAAUAAAUGAAUUGAUCAGAUUGGAAAGGGUAGCAACAACAACAACAACAACAACAACUUACCCAGUAUAAUCCUACAGGUGAGGUCUUGGGAGGUUAGUGUGU